AUGGUGCGUACCCUCACGCAAAAAAAAAGGAGAAUCCGUAUUUCUGGCACUUGCAAGCCUCCCAAGAAGUUCAAGCGCGUUGCCAUUUCAUACGCCUACAAGUUUCGGUUGUGGAGUGAACCUAAUUGGGAGCUGCUACGACGGUUGCUGGAAGAAGUGCCCGUAGUGCGCCAUGCUGUGGAUACGCGUCAUGACAUAGAAAACUUCGUAGCUCCCGAAGAAGAACUUGAUAACUAA